GCUCUACUUAGUCUACUUCUCUUGGAGUAAACCUAAGUUUUUUUACAUUCUUCUACAAAGAAAAAUUCCUGAAUGAACUACAGUAUUUUGAUAUAAGUCCUUUUCACUAUAUACCAAUGUUCUUACUUUUUUCUCCUCUCCUUUCCCCAAAUACUUCACCUGAGAUUUAGUUGAGAUGUCUGCUCUCUUAGCUUUGGUAUGCUUACAGAAGAGAUGUCGGGCAGUGUUGGGCUGGGCUGAGCGGUAGCCCAACAGCCCAUCUCGUGAUCCUCCUCCCCCCGUUGAGGUGUGUGUUAGGAGUGUCACCUUCAAUGUGCACAGGCAGACUGGACGCUUCCUGGCUGCCUUAAGUUUGCUGUGUGUGCACUAUGCAGUCAUCCUGUGCCUUCACAGGUACUCAUGCUUUUCCUCAGAAACACUGGAUUUUACUCUGCGCAUAAAAUACGUUCAUUCUAUGCAGUGUGAGCAGUGUGGAAGGGGGUGAGAGGCCACUGUGGCUCAGCCCAGGCUGUUGCUGCCACCAGGACAUUCUGUAUAGUUUGCAUUAUGCUAUUGUAUUGGGAGAGAUGGGCCAAGAGUGCUGGAUGGAGAUGGGAAAGCUGUGGUAGCAGUCUGUCUACAGGCUGCAGUUUGUGUAACCCGUGUUAGUUCAGAGUUAUUCAGCAGGCUCGUCCAUUCCAACACAAACAUCAAGCUGUUCAGAAUUAUCAACUUCAGCAGUCAGAGGAGUGCAUUUUCCUGAGGUGUCUAAUGACAUCCUCAAAUGAGCUGAGGAAAGAUUAUCCACUGGAGCUAUGGAAAAAGUUUCAGUAAUCUUUACUGUGUCCCAAUAUAGUUGGUAAGAGUUGUAACAUAUUUAAGAGUUGUUUAGAUAUUUUAUACAUGUAUAUGUAUACACACUUUAUUUCUGUUAAGUCUGGCAACAUGGCUUCAAAUAAAUAACCUAUUUUCUAGCAUACAGGAUGCAGACACCCCCCCCUUCCCCACACACAGUUAAAUGAGUCAGAGUGUAGUCACUUCUGCUUCUUGUCUCAUUUACGAAUGAGACGAAUAUAUACAAUGGCAUUAGUAGGCAAUUUUCUACUGCUGUGUUUAAUUUUAUCACUUUUGUUUCUCAGGAUGUGGUCUUCAUGGUGAGCUGGUGGCAAAACUGAGUUGUAAAUCACCCCAAUGGAUGCAGACAGUGAUGUUGCAUUGGACAUUUUAAUCACAAAUGUAGUGUGUGUUUUUAGAACAAGAUGUCAUUUAAACUUGAGGAAGAUCGCAUUAGAGGGAGCAAAUGUGAUAUACAAGCGUGAUGUUGGGAAAGUAUUAAUGAAGCUUAGGAAGCCUAGGAUUACCGCCACAAUUUGGUCCUCAGGAAAAGUUAUUUGCACAGGAGCCACAAGUGAAGAAGAAGCUAAAUUUGGUGCCAGACGAUUAGCUCGUAGUCUACAGAAACUAGGUUUUCAGGUAAUUUUCACAGAUUUUAAAGUUGUGAAUGUUUUAGCAGUGUGCAACAUGCCCUUUGAGAUCAGAUUGCCAGAAUUUACGAAGAAUAACAGACCUCAUGCGAGUUAUGAACCAGAACUUCAUCCUGCCGUGUGUUACAGAAUAAAAACUCUCAGAGCUACCUUACAGAUUUUUUCCACAGGCAGUAUCACAGUUACAGGGCCAAAUGUAAAGGCUGUUGCCAGUGCUGUGGAACAGAUUUACCCGUUCGUGUUUGAAAGCAGGAAAUAAAUUUUAUAAUUCACCACUUGAUGGUUAGGUUCCCUAACCAAGCACCUUUAAAGACUGCUGCACAUUGGACUAAAAGCAAAAAGGAAAACUGGACCAACCAUAGCAGAGGAAUACAGACUCUUUUACUUGCUCAUGGCUACAGUAUAAACUCCAGUUCUUUUGGAUUUUACUCUUAACAGUGCUGUAUUGUAAAAACGGAAGUUUACAAGAUAUGAAAUUGCUGCUUUUAAAAAGACAUUCUAUUUAUUUUUGCAGUAAUUUCUGUGUAUUCAUAAGCAAAGCUGUCACGAUGUGCACUACCUUUAAAACAUAUUUUUUUUUCUUAGUUUGAGCUUGUGUUUUAUUUGUGAAUAGUCUUUUACAUUUUUGUAUGCUGAAUAUUGGGCACCAAAGAAGCUGUAAAAGUUAUCUUUUUCACCUGAUGAAUGUGCACAAAUAAAAGUUUGGAAAAUAUUUCUCUUCA